AGUUCGGCAAGUUGUGAGUCGCCGAGGCAGGGAUCGAGCUCAUGCCCAAGGCCUAGUCCUCAGCGGCGUUCCGGGGCAGUCGACCGCACUGACUCAAGAGCUCGAACGGCAUAAGAGCCUGGUUCUUACAAAUAUGGAAUCCGGAAUAGGGCGUGGGCGCGGGCGCGGGCGUGGAGUGAGUGGAAGUGAGGUUAUUGAGCGGGUGGACUUGCGACGACCACAUGUCCCUCCACCUCAAGUGUCACAAGCAGCGCCUCCAGUCGGGAUCCGCCAGACCUCGGAGGGCACCGCAGCGACGCCAGGUCUUCAAGAGGAAGUGAAGCCCAAGAAGACAUUCUCUCUAUCAGCUGAGGCUCCAGAAUUUGUGCCAAGGACCUUUGUGCAACCACAGCCUCAACCCCCAAAGAUCCAGAUGCCAGUGACACCACAAAAUAUGCCUCAUCAGGUUACGAAUCCAGUUGUGCCACAGCCCCAGAUUCAAUAUAUGUGUCAUCCAGUUGUUCUACAGGUCAACAACUUAGUUGUACAGCUCACCAUUAAACCAAACAAAUUUGACCAAGUAGCUCGUCAGCUUACAACAAUACUUAGCUGGCAAGUCCAAGAUGCAUUUCUCAUGAAAGAAGUUAUAGCUGUUAUAUUUGAACAGGGUGUGGGCGAAGUGAAUUUUCGAUACAGUGGUGCUAGAUUGUGUCAGCACUUGUCAAAGAAUAUCACCCAGUCCUACAAUGGUCCAACCUUUAAGAGUCUACUGCUUCAAAGAUGUCAUGAAGAGUUUAAUGUCAGAGAUAUGUACAUGCAAUCAGAGCCAUCACGUGUUUCUGGCUUUACGUUGUUUUUAGCUGAACUUUUUACCCAACUUGUUACUACAACUGCUCAGCCUUUGGAAGUUCUUGGUCCAGCAUUAUGUCAGCUCCUUAUGACAUUACUUACACAGACUUCAGAUUCAAAUCUCAAAUGUGCAGCACAGGUUUUAAAAUUCACAGGUAGUUCUCUAGACAGUCUGAACCGUAAUGACAUGGAGCAAGUAAUUAACACAGUGAAAGAUGUUGCGAUGACAGCUCCAGUUGCUGCAGGAACAAGGUCACUCCUCUUGGCUGUGGUGGAGCUUAGAGCUGCGAACUGGGGCCGUGGGCCUCCAUCCCCAGAUCAGUCACCUACUAGCACGCCCACACAUUCCAAUGUUCCAAUGGGAACUGUAUAUUAUGGGCCAGGUGGAGUUAUUCAGCGAGUAGAAGAUGAACCAGAAGACUCUGCAAGUGACACAGAUGACGUGGCCAAUUUAGGAUGGUCACCAGCUGUAGAAGAGUUGGAAGGUGAUGUUGCUGAUGCUUUUGAGGAAUUCUUACGACUGCAACAAUGAGAAAACUCUGUACACAAGGCUAGAGUGUUAGUUUAAUGAAGCCUUAUUCCAUACCGCAGGAAAUACUUUGGUAUGGUAGAUAAUUAUCUAUACUCAUUUUACAGGUGUAAUAUUUUAUGAUCAGUGUAACUCAGCCUUACAGUGCAUUGAAGUCCCAGUAGAUUUUAUGUUUAACUUAAUGAAAGUUUCAUUUAAUCUCCAGGGAUGUAAAUAUUUGUGAAAUAUAAGUAAACAGGGCAGGAAAGUUCUCAGUAGCCUGAAAUUAAAGAUUUAAGUUCUUAAGGUCAGGGUGCACAUCUUUAUUGUAUUUUUAUGCUUCUCUUUUAUAGUAGUGGUUCUGGGAAUAUUAAUUUUUCAUCAGCCUGCAGAACUAAAGGUGCCCAACUAUACAAAAUUUAGACAGUUUAUGCAAGAUUUCAUAAAAGUUAUCCACCAUUAAAUUACUGAUCAUGUUGUCUUUAUAAUGGAGUAUUGAUAUAUGUUAUUCAGUACACAUGAGAAUAUUGUAUUGUACAGUCAAUCUUCUGUGUUGAAUUAAAAAAAAAGGGAAAAAACCUUGGGCUUAAUGAGGUAUACUCUGUUGUAACAAAUCUCCCGGUGGUUAACUGUCAAAUCUGCUUUUGAGGCUUUUUGAAUUCCUAUUUUGUAAAUGAGAAAAAUAUAUGUUGAUUACUCA